AUGGGCAAAUGCUACAAGUCUUGUCCUGCUGGCAUGCAACCAAGUUUGAUCCCAGGUAGAUGCUCUACUGACUGCUCUCGGAAUACCAAUGGCUUGGUUAAGGCAUGUGGGUUGGGGUGCUCCAGGACAGCGUUCGAAUGUGGCACAGCUGUAGGAGCAAUGGUCGCUACAGUGGGUGCCUCCGUCCUUGGAGCGUCUGCUGAACUCGCCCCACCGUUGAUCUCUAGCGUACUUCUCGGGCUAUCGAAAAUGAUCGCCUUAAUCGCCGAGAUCGUCCAAGGCCUCUCUAGUGAGAUCAAGAACCUACUGCAAGGUCGGGGGUUGAAUGUUGGUAGGAUGGUCAUGAUGGGCGCAAUGAUGUUCACUUACUUCACUGAGAUGGACUCGAGCCCAGAGACGCUAUUGAAAGGCGCUCAACCCUACUCUGAGUCCAUUCAGAGUAUCAUCACUUUAGCUAACCAGCGUGGGCAUGCAAAUUUCAAAGCUGGUGUUGAAGAGCUGAUAGGUGGCCUCCAGGAGAAGUUUGCUUCAGUGACGGGAAGCAUUGUCAACAUCUUUGCGGCCUUCUCCCAGCCUCAGUGUACGUAG